UAACUAGUUGCUAGAGCGUGUAAGCGCGGCCGAAAGGGGUGGCGCAAUCGCAAUAGAAACGGCAUGAUAAAACAGCCAAUCACCAACGACGCCGUUUUCUGAUUGGUUGAGAUAUUUCCGUUGUGAAUGUUCUAUUUCUAUGUCUAUCUGUCUCUCGCAGUCGACAUGGACUUGUCUACUAGAUCUUCUCCUCUUGUUUUACCACCGAUUCUUGUUCCAAGUACGACAACACCUAUGAUGAGCUCUUCCUACAAGACGUCUGACAAGAUUUAUUCAUCUCCGACACCUCCGAAUGCUGGUACCACAUCUUCAGUUAGCUCGAGCGGAACUGUCACUCUUACAGCCGCCAAUACGCCAGAUAACAACAUCUGCAGAACGAUAUCUUACAGAGGAGCGCGUGUUGCUUCUUUCACAGUUGACGGUCGGGAAUUGAUUUGCCUUCCACAGGCCUUCGAACUCUUCCUCAAGCACUUGGUGGGCGGACUACACACAGUCUAUACGAAAUUGAAGCGUCUCAAUGUCAUUCCAGUGGUUUGUAAUGUCGAACAAGUAAGAACGCUCCGCGGCCUAGGCGCGAUUCAACCGGGCGUCAACAGGUGCAAACUGAUCGCGCCCAGAGAGUUCGACGUUUUGUACGAAGAUUGUACGAGUUCAAGUUCGCGUCCCGGCAGACCGGCCAAGCGAAGCUCGGACAGCGGGAACGGCGUGGAUUCGGCGUCACCGAUGGAGCGUUUCAAGAAACCGAGACCAGAGCACUCCGACAUCGCAUUCCCCAACCAUCCGCACGACGUUAACCUGCACGAUAAAAAAUCGCCCCUCUUCAGUAACGGCUAUAAUUUCCCACCGCACCUGGCUGCCGCCUCCCUACAACCGUUCAUGCCGCUCGCCCAUCCGGCCAUGAUGGCCGCCAUGCAUAACCUCAUCCCGCCCCCGGCCUUGCCUCUACGACCUUCGUCGCCUCGACAAGAACACAACAAUAAUCGGGUCAAAGAUGACGAUGAUGACGACAGUAAUCAUGCAAACGAAGGUGGACUAGUCGAUUUGUCCAUCAAGUCCCGCGAUAGAUCUCCCAUCAGCGCUGGAGAAGAGAUGAGUGACGAUGAAAGGGAUGGAUCACCGAGCCCUCAACCGCAAGAGACGAAGAAAAACGCCUCCGGCUUUAUUGGAAUCGGUGGCAUUUGCGGUGGUGGCAGUAGCGGAGGAGCGGGUAGCGGAUCUUUUUCCCAAACGAGAGGACGCCUUGGUGUUGUACCACAUCCAGGACUUUUGCCCGACCAUGACGUACCAACGAACCCCGUUGAAACUAUCUUAAUGAACAUACAUGGAAUGCUUAAAGUGGCAGCCGAAACUACUCGUCACAACGAACGACAGAACAACUUCGAAAAAGGUGAAUUACGGGUGGCUCUAAGUAGAGAAAGAGAGCUUCGAGGCCAAUUAGAAAACGAAUUAGCGUCAGAGAAGAGGGCCAAUGCUGAAUUAAGAAAGAAGUUGAACAAGGAGAAAGACUUGCGUAAACAAUUCGAGGAGCAAGCAAAUGCGGUUAACGUCGAUAAAACGGCGGAUGAACGGUGCGAAUCGACCGGUUCAAUGGAAUCCGGUACGAGUGAUUCGUCGGACCGACCGCCAACUAUGGUACCCGGAAAGCGUCUAUCAGAUCAAGCUAUUCCAGAACGAGGUCAUCGCGAAGUAAUGCAAAGUAUAGUAGACGCUUAUUUGGCUCAACAGAAAUGCUCCGUUCCCAAUGGUUAUCCACAUUCCACCUAUAUGAAACCAACAGAAGCCGUUUAAUUAAUUAACUAAUUGUUUCUUUUUUGUUUGUUUGUUUGUUUUUUCCUCUUCCUUUUUUUUUUUUAACUAUUUUAUUUUUUUUUGUGCUGCAAGCUUUUACCUCCGAUUUUAGCUGUUGUUCAAAUCGUCUCGAAAAUAUGUCUUACGUCCUAUGUAUACAUAUAUACAUAAAUAACUAUAUAGCAUAUUGUUGUGUGUACAUUGAAGAAAUUAUAUAUUCUAUAUAUGUAUAUAAGGAGAAAAACGUAUAAUAUGUGUUGUACCCGGAAAUUAUUAUUUAAUUACCUUAUACGAAUAAACAACGAACUAAAGACGGA